UUUGCCAAGUAUUACAAUAUGUUAUCGCUGGAAAAUCCUUCGUUUUGCGUUCGUUAUUAAUCGUAAAUAGUCGUGUAUUUCUUAACGUGAAAACAAAUGAAACAUAAAUGAAACUAAAAAAAAUUGCUAUAAGGAAACAAACAUUUCAUAACAAUAUUUUGAGUUUAAUAUCUACUUUAUCAUAUUCUUUAGUGGCUUCAACCGAGACUUACAGUUACUAUUAGCUGCUCUUAAAGGCAGGACUGGAUGACUUCUUCAAGAAAGUUAAAAGACCAUGCACUCCAAUUAACUAAAAAACAUUUAUUCACUUGGACAAUGAGUUAUUACAACUGGAAAUAAUUGACCAAUCAUGAAUAACACCUCAUCUACCCUAAGCCCACUAACUGUUUCUGAUGAAUCACCUGGUCUGGUUUUUGUUGUGUUGGCUUGUCUUUUUCUAUCAUUAUGGAUUCUAUUCAUGGGCUUUUAUUUUUCCCGAUUUGUUGCUUUUAUUUUUACCAAAGUUUUCAGUCAGCUAUUUAUUUCCAAAGAUGAUCAUUUAAGCAUUGGCUCAAUCUCUAUCUCUGUGUUGUCGGGAAAGUUGAUGUUCCGAGAUAUUUUGUAUGUUACAAAAGAUUUCACAUUGAGAUUGGUUGAUGGUUAUGUUAUAUUUCAUUGGUGGAAACAGUUUAACCCAAAUAGUGAUGUGGAGCUAAGCACGAAAAAUGUCAGUGACAGAUUAUCUGUUGUUUUGAAUGGUUUAGAGCUGCAUGUCUAUAACAGGUCAGAUGUAUAUGAUCGACUUAAGGAUUUGUAUAAAAAAGAUCGCUACGGAGAUGCACAUAAAUCAUCGGAAAGUACUAACGGAGACUCAAACAUAAGUGAAUUAGUUCCAGACGUUCAUGGGAAGUUUCAUUGGAGGGAUCUUAUUCCAACCAUCAAAUUUACAAUUAAUACCGGGAAGAUUGCGUUUGGAAACAAACUGGUGAAAACAACUCUUUGUUUUCAUUUUGAAAGUGCACUUACAACAUACAGAAUUACUGAGUCCUCUUCAUCAUUGGAUCAAUUUGCUCAUUCAGUUACAUGUGACUGUAAAAAUAUCCGUGUAAUGUUGGCUCCAAGUCAUGGUUAUAAUGGAGACAAAGACGAUCCACCUCGUUACAUGGGUGAAGGUUUUGUUGUUCUGCAGUCGCAAGUUUGUCUGAUCAAUUACAUACAGGAUGUACCUGGUAUGGUGCCUGAGAUAAGUACUGAAAGUGAAAAUGCAAUUGAUACAGACCCUUGUUGGAAUCUUGAUGUCACUUUUGAAAAAUCGACGUCAAUAAGUUAUGGACCUUGGGCCGACCGACAAAGGGAUCAACUUCAAAAAUUUUUCUAUCCUUUUGACUAUCAAGAGCAUGCUGUUAGUAAAGCACUUGGACCUGGCCAUCGAAGGGAGCAUAUUGGUUUGGAGGUCACGUUCAACUUUGAAAGUAAUUCAACUCUGGAUAUUUUAUUUACCAAAGACCAGGAAACACAAGCUCUUCAUUUAUGUGUUGGUCGGGGAUCCCAAAUCCGUGUUUUCCAGCCAUGGCGUAUUCAGGAAUAUGGUUACAUGUCGUCUGUCGUAGUUCAUUUACUAGAAGUAGAAGUUUCCACGAGUUUAAAAUUUCGUCAACUCAUUGAGGCAGAAGAACUGAAAUUAACCGUUAAUAUUACAAUGCCUCGUUUCUGGAAUCAUACACAAUAUUGGUCAGCUGAUAUUGUUCUCAACAAAGCAACUUGGUUCUUCAUUUUUGCUCAAAAGUUUUUUAUUCAAGAUCUUGUAAAUGACUGGUCUGCUAAAACUGCGUCGGAUAUUCUCACCUUUAUUCCUUAUGAAUGGGCUAUGAAUAUAUCUCUCCGAGAUUUUGAGAUGAUUUGGAUGGCGAAUGACUACAACUGGAUUGAUUGCUCAAGCAAUUGGCUAGAAAACACUGAAUUAGGUUUGUGUGGCGAGGUGCUGGAUGUGUCGUUUGUUUUGUCUUUCACAAAUUUUCUUCCCGAAGUAGAGGAGAUUAAAUUCUUGAUCCAGGUUGAGCAACUUGUUGGAAGGUUAAAUGUUCCUGAAUCAAAUACACUUCGCCGUAGCUUGCUGUCACUUGUUCGUGAUGAAGAACGUAAGUUCAUUCCUGGUUUGGUGACAACGGGAAAUGUUAAUCAAGAGGAAAACGAUAGUGGAGAAGAGCAUAAUACUUGUUACGAUGAGAGCGGACUUAGUUCAGGCUGGAGACGACAUACAAAAUUAGAAAAAGGAUGGGUUGAUAUAUUUUCCACGCCAACACUUUCAUUCAUUAUAAGUUAUCUUUAUCAUCCAAUCAUGCAUGGUGAAACAUUUGAACAUGUGCAGCAAAGACUUCGCUCUAAUGGUGUAGAAGUACCACAAAAGCCCACUGAACUUGAACCUGAUGCUAUAAGCGUGGAACUCAAUGCAAACUCGUGUGCUUUCAAACUUGUGGGAAUGCUUCUUAAAUCCCUGAUUAAUAUAAAGGAAAAUUAUUUUGGUGCCCAUCAGAUGUAUUGCGAAUACAAUCCUCGAAGUGUAUCGCAUUUUGAACGUUCAGUUAUGUCAUAUGAAUUACAUCUUCACGACUUUAGUGCAAAGGAGUCCAAUCUGCUGAUGUUUCGACCGGUCGACUUGAAUAUUCUUGUCAAUUUGAACUAUAUUAAAGCUGAACUCACACAGCAUUGUAACUCGGAUGUAAUCGCUCCUUUACUCCUUACCGAUGGCCUUUCGUUUGAAAUGCACAGAAAUCUCUUUGAAACACGAUUGCAACUUAAUCUGAUGCCUAUAACAAUAAAAGUGAAUGAUGCUAUGAAGAGAACGAAUUGCAAUAGCAAUUUGAACCAUGGUUCUCUUCAUCUCUCAGGAAUACAGCUGCGUGGUCAUGCUAUGUUUUCUAAUGAAGACCAGCCUGAUGAUGAUGCAGACAGCAAAGAAUAUGCUUGGUUGCUUGAAAUGCAGCUUGGGACAUUUUUUGGAAAUGUGACCAUUUCUCAGUUGGCGGCAGUAUAUAAUUGGGCUGAAUUGUUUGCCUUCCAUUUUUUGAACAAAGAAAACGUUAUGAAACAUCCAAAUGCGAAAAAAAUUUCUCGUUAUGAAAGCGAACAGGUGGAGAAACGCGAAACGAUGAAUGCUUCCAUUGGUGACGUCAAUUCGCUGCGUGUUACUGAAGAUGAUUUGAUUUACAAAAUAACUCGUUUGUCUGUUGAAGAAAUCGAUGUUUGUAUUGUGGAGACAAGUUGCUGCUGUAAUGUGAAGAUUUCGCCUGUUCGUAUGGCAUCGUGCAACCUUCACACACUUGGCUCAAAGACUGGUAUGAGUUUAAUAAUUCACAAAAUUGACAUUUCCCAGUAUGUUCUUCUUCUGCCUGUUAAUAAACUCAAAAAUCCUCCUGGGCAGAAAGAAUCAUGUUGGCUUGAAGCCGGCUCUUUUCGGGCUGGUCCUGUUAUUUCUGAUAUUCUUCUCAACGAGGGUCUGCAACAUCCUUCACAACAGAGAGAAUUUUUAAAAAAACAUGACGAUAAAAGUCGACGUCUUUGGUUUCUAUGGAAACAUAGUAAGUCACGUUAUACUUCGUCCAGUGAUUUUGCAACGCGAUGCGGAUGUGUUGGGGGGUGUAAUUUCUUCGGAAAGAAUGUCAAUGGACCAAUAUUUUUCAAAACUGAUCGACUUGAUGCUGCGCAAGAAGAACAAAAAAAUGGUUUAUUCAGAAGUCCCGACGGAUGGCAGAGUAUGGAGUUGAAGAAGAUGACAAUAAUUCAUUUUUAUAAUGAAUCUCAUUCUAAAAGACUUCAACGUCAUAACAGCUGGUCUGGGAGCGGUCACUCACCAAAGAUUCAAAGAAAUUAUUUUCAGGGAUCUGCUCGGUUCAGCUCAACUAAAGUUUCAGGUUCGACCACUUCUAAUAUUUUCAUCCCAAAUUCUGGCAGCAUUGGUGAGAACUAUCUUGGAAGUAUACGUAAGAAUAGCGUUGAAAAUUCUGAAAACGUUCGUCAAAGAUUAGCCAGCGAUGCUUCUUAUUAUUCAUGCAAGAGCGACCUAGACAGAAGUACAUCACGAUCGCCAUCAACCUUAUCAUUGGAAAGUUUCUCAUCAGCUGUUGAGAACAUUGAAAACCAGAGGAAGGACUUUCAAGAUAGCUGUAUUUUAUUACCUUCUGUUUUAUUUUCGCAAUACAGAAGUCAUCUUUCAGAGAUGCACUGCGAUGUUUGGCUGGAAAUUGAAGAAUCGACUUCGUUCACCAACAGAAAACUUAAUAUGGUGCAAAACGUCAAGGUUGUUGAACAAGUGCCGAAAAUCACUCCAAAGCGACAUGUGUUUAGUUCAAACACUCCACGUCAAUUUCAUACUCUUAUCGGAAAGAAUAGUGAUGAAAAAUGGAAUGGGCCAUCAAGAAAUCCGUUUAUGGAAGACAUCAAACUCAAUUUCAACAAUAUUUCGGAAAAGACUUCUCAAAAUCAUGAAUCGUUUUGGAGUCAUUUUAAUGCUGGUCAAGAACAAGUUUCCUCGCCGUCAAAUCAACAAACCUCAAUUUUGAAGAUUGAAAACUUCGUCAAUAUCAUGUUGUCUCCUUUAAUGCUUGAUGCUUUUGAUAGGUACUCAAAAGCACUGUCUGAACACGUGAAAAAUUUUCAUCCAUUUGCCGUUCUUGAUACAAUCCAUGUUAGAAGUCUAAGUCUCGCUCAAAAGAAAGUCGGUAUGAAUUUUCCAGAACUGUACAAAGACACAUACGAGUGUGAAAGCUUCCAUGUAUCAAUUCCUGGAGUGAAUGUUUGUUUCUUACAAGCUUUUACAAGAGAAAGGCAAAUUUCAAAGAUUUCAAUGUCUACAAUCAGCAGUACUGACAGUGAUCUGACUGAUCAUCUCAACCAAAAUUUUCAUCCAAAUCCCACUCUUUCAUUGCUCGCUGUAAGAUUUAAAAAUUUUUCAGGAACAAUGAAUGUAAAGAGACAAAAAAAUGCAUUACUGGCAAAAUACAUGCACGAAAAACAUGAUGAAGAAGAUAACGUAACGUCCAACCAAACUUUGCUUCCUCCUUCAUUUUUAUGUGAGAAGGAUGGUGUUGAAGAUGUAGGCAAUAACAUGGUGGGCAAUUUUAACUUGGCGAAAGUUCAAAUGCAGUUUAGUCGCUUAUGUAAUAAAAGUGACGUGGAGAACAGUUACACAACGGCAAUAUCUCAAAGUUGCAGCAAGGUUGACUUCGUUUAUUCAAGCUCAAAUAUAGUUCAGUUUUCCAAGAAUCUCGAUUUGAAACUAUUAACAAAAAAAGAUAUUGUAAAUUUUGUCAUGUUGGAAUCUGGAAUUGAUAAUAUCUCGCUUAAAUUUGGAAGUUGUGUGAAGUUAAAAACUUAUAGAAACUUAGAAAACGCUUCGUCAAUGAAGAAGGCCGGUCACAACCGUAGCCAAAGUGCUCCUGCGCAACUUUUAUCAAAGUUAGCUCAAAAUGAUGUCACUAAUACAUCAGCAUCACAUCAACCGACGCUUCACGAAAACCAAAAAGAACAAAUGCUAGAGAGUGUUAUCGUAGAAAAACAACCUGGUCUUUCUGUUUCACCUCGUGCUGUAUCUGUAUCUGCUUUUAAUGUUCCUAUUUCCUCUCAUAAAGAUUCCUGUAGUUCUAUUACAUCAUCUUUAAGUGCUCGCAGUGAUAGUACUGGAAGACUAACUGACAAUGAGAGUGAAGGAGAGGACGAUGUUACUGAUCAACCUUUGCUCAUGCGUCAUUCUGAAGAUAUCGCCAGGAUAGGAAAACCACUUGUAUCGUCAAUUGUAGCGGAAGAUCAGACAACGCAGGGAUCCAUUUGUAUGCUUCAUCAUGAAAACGAUAUGGUUGUAAAUUUUCAAUACAUUUGGUUUAACUGUGCGUCGCCGUCGUCUGUCAAACCAGUUCCUGAGAAUUAUCAUCUUCAUAACAAUUUGCUUACCACUGGAAUACCAGCUGUCUCAGGCUGGAUGCCUGGUGUUGAGAAUCUUCGAAAAAAUCUUCAAGUACUUAGUGAAAGUCAUCGUAGACGAUUUUUAAUGGUAGCAUCUUGUAUAAUGGCUCUUGGUCUUCCUGAGAAAAAUAAAAUGCUUGGAACGCAUAAGAUUGUUAGUAAGCUAAAUGAUGAAUCAAAAUUUCUUCAAAAAGAAUAUUCCAGUCAGUUGAUUUUUCAUCUUCGUCGUCAAGCAGUUGGUAAAAGAAAGCUGGCAGUUCUCACUGCUUUAUCCGAUGUAGAUGCUGUUCCUCCUACAGAUGAUCUUAAUCGUGGGAUAAUGGCGCUUUCUCGUCAAUGGAAAUGUUUGCUCGGUGAAAAGGAUGAAGAAUUUCGUUCUGCUGGUCCUCACAAGCGUCUUGUCGUUGGUCGGGGUGUUCUAACAGAGCGUGACCGAGCAAUUCUUAAAAACGUUAAAUUUAGAAAAUCACAAGAUGAUGACAUGAUUCAUGCAGAGUUAGAAUCUACCAAUCAAAUGACUCAAAUUGCAUCUAAUGAUGUAAAUAUCAAUGUAAAAAUGAAUAAUCCACCAUCGCCUAAAUCAUCGUCUCUUAUAUCGUCAAUGUCGUCAACUGAUAGUGAAAAUUUACCAUUGACCUAUAAAUAUCGAGCGAAAAAGAAGAUACAGCAGAAAGAAGUUGAGCCAACUUUAUAUAGUUUCUUUUCUUCCCCAGUCUCCUCACCAAGAUCCAGUAAACACAGCACAAGCAUUUACGAUAAAUAUCAAACUCAACCAAAAGUGACCUGGGGUACUCUUGAUAAGAACGAAGAUGAUUUAUUUGGACAAAUGGUUAGUCAACCAACAAGUGGAAAACAAAUAGCUGAUGAAAAAGUUAUUUUUAAAGAGUUUUUCCUUGGAAUGGGUUUCCUUCUAUCGUCAGAGGAGAUGUCAUCUUGUUCAGAUAAAACCUUUUCAUUGCUGGUUACAUUAAAAUGUGUACGUGUUGAUAUAUCUGAAGGAAAACUAGAUUGUUUACUAAGAGUCAAGGUCAAACCUCCUCAAAUUGUUACGACAGACUCACAAACUAAAACACCAUUGUUUAUGCUCCAAAAUCUUCAAAAUAAAGUCAAUUUCAACAGCAAACCUUUGCUAAAUGUGUUUAGCGAGAAAGCCGACGAGAGGUCUAAAAGUAAACUGCAUUUUUUUGAAACACCGAAACCAACAACUUUGACACGUUCUGCUCACGUGAACAUAAACUGUCAAUAUGCUACUCAGAGUAUAAACUUGUCUUUGAUCAGACUUGUGCUUCAAGUUGCUGAUAUUGUUGAUAUUCUUGGCGAAACGUAUGAUGGAAUAAAAUCUGGCAAGCUUUUUCACCUGGAAAAUGUGCAGAAAAUUGAAGAACAAAAAAGAAAAACUAUCUCGGAGAAUCAAAAAUGCUGGAGAAUUAUGUCACAAGUUUCUGAUCUUUAUUCAAUAUUGCCAUCAGGAGUCACAAAUAAUAAGUCAGCUAAAAUUCCAGAACAUAAGAUUGAUAUGGAAGAUUUUUCCAGUGCAGUAAAUCGUCGAGCACCUCGUGUUUCACUAAACGCUUCCAAAGAUUUCAGGUUUAAUUCGAGAAAAACGUUCUCACGUGACAACCCGAGUGUUGCCAUGCCUCCCAAAGACAAAAAGGUUAUUUCCAUGGGAAGAACACCACGUGACCGACCACAACUGAACGUUGUUGUUGUGCUUUUGUUACAAAGAAUGAAAUGUGUUGCGACAUUUGGAGAACUCUGUCUGAAGACUGAAAUCAAUAGCAUCAACCUUUGUGCUUGUCACAAAGUGGAAAAACACACAUUAAAUAAAAAAACAUCCAAUGAAGCUCAUUCUACUAAGAAAUUGUUUACUUUCUCUGGUCAUGUGGAGAAUGCUCGUCUUGUUCUCUACGAGAUUGGACAUCAAAGCGAUACGGUUGUUAGCUGUGUUUUAAAUUCAUCCAAUGGUAUGUAUUCAUUUGCGACCCAACGGGAAGAUUUGAAGAAAAGUGUCGUUGUUUCACUUGGUAAAGUUGAUGUCGACAUUCCUCAACAUCCCGUUGCUCUUCAUUGCAUGAUGACUCGAAGCUCUAAAACGCUUUCAAAACAAAUUUCUGAAAUCCAAAGUCAAAGAAGCGUUGUGAGAACGUUUAGCAGUCUUGAACGAUCUUCUCUUGUUGAUUUACCACAUGACAAAGAUUCGAGUGAACUUGGCGACAUUCCAUUGGUUCAAAUUCCUAAAGAUGAUCUCGAUGAAACGGAUGGUCGUCAUCCAUACUUUCGUACCCAGUCUUCGAAAGAUUUUCCACAAAUUUCAAUCACUGUUCGUUUGCAAGGUUUCUCUAUUGGAGCGUCUUUACUUCCUUCUCUGAAAGUUGAAUAUAAGAUCGGUGCAGUUUCAUCUUUUGGGAAGACUGGUAAAGAGAAUUCGUUUAAACUUGACAUGCCAGAACAUCAACUUAGCUUCACUUCAAAGGUUAAAUCUUUUGACAGCAGCAUACCAGCUUCAACCUCCAUUCAUCUUCCGCGUGUUGAUUUGUCCGGUGUUCUGCGAUUGGCCAGUUCUGAUAAAGACGCCACGUUCUUUAUUGACAAGAACCAUUUAAGGAUUGUUGCCGAUAUUGGAGCUUUUAAUCAAAAUCUCUCAACUGAUUUGCUUAAUCAUCUUAUAUUUAUUCAGAAAGGUUUUAUGAAGGAAGUCAAUGAUGUUCUUCAAAGGGUGUCAGGAGAAAGUCAACCUGUUCCUCUGUGGCGAACUGCGUCUACUGACGUUGUUGAUGUGGAAGACGAAAAUAGAAAGUCCUUUAUCUUCACAUUUGCUCUUAAACUUAAGGGAAUAAAGAUAACUGCCACAACUCCUUCAUCCACUGCUGUUUGUUUACAAACUGGAUCUGUUAAUCUUGAAGUGUCAAAUAACGAGGAAAUAAAAACAGACGUAAUUUUAGAAAAAGGCGAACAAAGAAAAGCGAAAAUAUUUAUUAAAGCGGACGUGGAUCUUACCCUUUCACUUCUUCAGUUUUUGAAGGAUCAAUCUGUUGUUGAAAGCAGCGAUGAUUCUCAGCAACUUGCAUUUUUCACAACUCAUGUUGGAUUACGCAACUGUUUACAGGGAAAAGAAAAUUCAGAAGAAAAAGAGACUUUACUCAUUUCUGUUGUCAAGCCUUUAGUAUAUGUCCAACCUGUUGCUUUUGAUAAAGCUGUGUUGUUGUAUAUGAACUAUAAAAAUGCAUAUACUUACUGGAAUGAACAGAGAAUGUCCCUCACCGAAGAUGUGCAAUUUGCUACACAAGCUGUCUUUGAAAAGCUUCCCCAGCCCAACCAAGCGACAGUGCAACUUUCUGGCUUUUUAUUUCUGCAACUUACAGUUAGUGACUUGGGAAUCUGUUUGCCAUUACACACACCUUACCAAGAUCAACCUCUAAUAACUUCACAAGGCCCCGGAGAGAUUAACUUGGCGCUUUUAUUAACAAUGGAGAAAAUGUUGUUGACGUGCUGUUCGAGUGCCUCGUUUGUUAGCAAAGGAAAUUUCACCCAUUUCUGUCUUCGAUUUGCUGAAAAGUUUGAUGUUAAACAGACGGAAUGGAGACCAGACGAACGAAAUGUUUGUUUGAUGAAUUCAUGUAAGGUAUCAAAUGGGACUUAUGAAGUUUGUUCUCGUACAAUACGGGCACCUUAUGCUAACGACCUGACAAAGGCUGGCAAAAUGGUGAUGUCUUUUAUGUGGCAGAUGUGUGGUGUUGAUAUGCAUUGUGAUACGGAAAUAGGUAGACGUUUUAAAGCUUUAGCUCAGACAUUGACGUCUGUUACUGGUGAUGACGAUAUCGCAAAUCUGGAGUCGGUUGCUGAUGAACCUGAUGAAAUGUUAACGAGUGGUGUUGAGAUAACGUCAGAUAUAGCUGCAAAUGAUGAGGGUAUCGAUGAAACUGAUUGUUGUCAGCGACAAGUAACAUCUGAAAAACCACAAAAUCUUGAAAAGAAAUGUGGAAACAAGGUCGUAAAGUCAAUUUAUUGGAGAGAAGCGAAUGUUGAUACGAAGAUCCUUGAGGCAGAAACUGAAACACUUCAGGAACUCGAGAGUGCUGCUUUCAAAGAAUUUCGUCGUGAUAUGUUUAGAAAAAUUGAAAAACAAUCCCAAAGGUCGUUGUUUUCCAUUAAUGAAAGCCCAAGACUCCAUGUUAAACAUGACUCCAUGUCUUUAAGAAAAAAGAGAUUGCAGCGUCAUCAUUCCGCGGAUAGUUAUGGAAAGGAUGAAGUGGAUUUUGGUAAAAGUAAUGAAGUGCUUCCUGUACAGUCUAGUUUAGAAGGUGUUUCGUUGGGACAUCCAUCAACAUCUUCGUCGUUACAUUAUCCUGAAGAGAAAGUACAGUCACACACUGUAGGUAGCCGCGCAUUUGUUGCAGUAGUUGAUUCUGCUGUUGACAUAGAACGAGGAGAAAGUACGGAUGAUCAUACAGCAUCGUAUGUCUCUCAAAAAUCGACUGUCGUACAACAGGACUUGGAUUUUGAUCUUGAAGUUGUUAUAAAUAUCGAUAGUGGAAAAUGUAUUUUUCAUCCUUAUGACGAGACCAAUGAACCAAGGACUAACCCUGUUCGUAUUCAUGAUAUUCUCAAGACUUCCAACAGCUCUGGUCAUCGUAGUCGAAGUGGACCCGGUAUAAAAAGACAAGACGGAUAUGCUGACAGCUCAGUCAUAUUGUUACCAGGUGUUGACGCUCGAGUACAUUAUUCUUCUGUUACUGAUAGCUCUUCGCCUCAAGACUCUUCAUUGUCAUCUGUGAAGAAAGCACUUGAUAAGCAUGCAUCAUUGUACAUCUCUGUUGUAGUUCAACCUUUUCCCGAUGAAAUGCUUUUACGUCCAGCUAUUUUGGAUUUCAUCGAUAAAGCAAUAAAUCCGAUUGUUUCAGAAUCAAAUGAUCUCGGGGAGGAACAGGUCGAUUCUAAAAGCACGUAUAGCGAAGUCGAACAUACUACGAGUUCAUUUGUAUCUUCAUCGGCUACGGAAUACAGUUCUUUCCCUGUGGACAUAGUUGUCGUUGUUCGUGUUCAACCAUCCAGUAUUCGUAUCAGUUGUUUACCAACAUCACGUAUCGAAUGUCUUAUGACAAUUCCUUCACUUGACAUCGCAUUCUCAUCGAAGGCAAAUCAUAAUAAAUCACUGAAUAGAUCAAGUAUUCCCGUUGAUACAAAAAUGAAUGGAUCAUCUAGUGAAGGAGGUCGUUCUUACGAUAGCGGUGGGAUUAUUUUUACAAUGUGUUUAUCCAGAUUCUCACUUUCUAUUUAUCAUCCUUAUGGCAAGCAACAUACAGUUGCAUCGAAGACCGUGUCAGCACCCGAAGAUUAUGAUCAUUUUUCUCCAAAAGCCAAAAUACGUAUUACUCAACCUCAAACUAUAUCUGGCAAGAAAGAUGCACUUAGUCUAUGUUUGGAGUACAUGAAGUUCAAUUUAUCUCGAAGACGUGUUGGUGACGUAAUGAGCACGUGUCAGGAUCAGCAUGGAUUACAAAGUGAGAGUCGAAUGGAUCCUUCCACAAAGGUUAAAGUUUCAGGAAUUUGUGAUUUUGGCUCUGCAACAUUUACAUAUGACAUGCGAAGGUUGCAAGAAAUUAUGGAUUUUCCAAAGUGCUGGUACAAACGUGGACUUGUAAGUCGACUGUUUCUGGGAAGAGAAGGAAAAUAUGCAACAAAAUCUGGAGUGGCUACUCCGUCUACUGGCGUCAAGGAUGUACAGUCUAGCCAAUCAAAAGACAGCCUUGAUGUGCCUACACCACGUCGUCGUGGUACGUCAUCGACGAAACAUGUCAACACCUUUACCUGGAAUUUUACCAUUUUUUUCAUCCCGGGUUUGUUAGGAAAUUUGCCAAAGAAAAAUUCUUCAUAUCACAGAGUAGAUGUUAAAUCUGCUGCAAUAACCAGUACACCUGAUGGUCGUGACGUAUUUGCAUUUGAUGAGAUUGACGGUCCAGGUAAAAGUCAGUCAUCACCAACUUUCGCUAAAUGGGAGACUGUUGUUUUGCUGGCUGUGAGUCUUUCAAGGCUUGAUAUAUCUACAAACAUGGCAAAUGUCAUGGGUAAAACCAGUUGGAGCACGAGCGACAUACGGGCAUCUGGGAAUCUUCGUCUCACCAAUUUUGGCGAACGAACACUACGGUCAAAGCUAAGUAUUCGACAGUCCAGAUGGGAAUCACGUGGAGGCAUUGCUGCAGGUCACGUUGAAUUACAAGAUAUAACAUCAUAUUUGAACGUGAAUGAAAGUUUACGCUGCGAGUUGGAACAUUUAUGCAAUCUGAGAUUCCGUUACUGUGAAACAAGAAUUGACUAUAUGGGAACAUGCAUCCUCAUGGGAAAUAUGUCGUCAUUUCGCAUUGCUUUUAAUGAUGAAUGGAAAACUAACCUCAGUAAAUCAUCUUCUACUGAUGAUUUGUUUAAAGAUAGCACAUGUGGCACAGAGAAAACAAAAGCAAGUGUUUUUCUUCAUGGUACAAUACAUUGGAAGAAUAUGGGCUUAGCUAUUUGUCGUUCAACUACCAGUGAUUUUAUCAAAAUGGCGAACAAAAUUAUAACAUUUUUUACCGAACAAGUCAGUAGCAGUACAAGGAUGUUGUCCUGUGUUAACUAUUAUCCUCCGACCGAUGGUGAUGCAGUGUCUUCCUUAUCUAAUCCAAUUGAUAGGACAAAGUCUUCAAACAAUAAUGCAAAUAAAGGGCAUAAAGAUGGUUUAAAAUAUCAACAUUGGAGUAAAGUUUUAUGCAGAAUACCUGGUUUCAAAUCUGACGCUCUUCUCUCUCCAUUGCCUCUUAAAGGAAUAGUAGUUGGUGGAACAUUACAAAUAUCAUGUUGGGAAGUAUUACUAGCUUGUUUUCAUGGUUUAAACUUUCGGUCUCAAACCUGGGCAUUAUUUUCGAUCACUGAACCUAGUGCCUCUUACUACACUAAAGUAGCUUCUGUCGAGAAAAGCUGUCAAGUGCAUAGAGCCCGAUCGUUACAGAAACUUGUCUUUCAACUUGGCUCUCGAGUGAAGAAUAUUGAACAACAAGAAACAACUCAUAUGGGAAUGAUAUGUAAAGUUCAAAGAGGUCGUCGUAAUCCACCAUCAAUGGGAAGUUCUGUAUCGGAAUGGUUGUUAUACGUUUCAUCUGUUGAUGAGAUAUCUCAGACAACUUCUGGGGAUAUUUCGCCCCCUCCAACUCAACCACUUUUACCAAGGUUAAAAUCUGAAAACGAUGGAUUCUCUGCUUUUCCUCGAAGACGCAACAAAUCAAUCAGCUCAGCCAACAAAUUUGAGCAUGAAUCGGAAGCUAUAUUUGGUCUGCCCAGCUUUAAGGUUGAUAUGAGCACUGAUCAUGAUCAGCCAAUCAGAGUGUCCGUCUCAUCAAAUAAUCACUCUGAAACUUGGUCUACGCAUGCGCCAAGCAGUCCUCAUAUUGUCGAGUGCAGUUUGGAUUCACAUUUCUAUGAUAGUCUUUAUGUGACCAUGGAUGUUGGAUUGAUAUUUUACUUACAUGAAAUGAUACAAGCUUACAUGAAGGAGAAUGAAAGUGCUCAAGCUCGCUCUUCUGUUGAACCAACUGCAACUGAUGUACCAGGAAAUGUUUCAACUAACGCUGAAAGCUCCACAACUCUGGAUCAACGAAAGAAAAUUCGCCAAUUUCGAUGUAAGUCGUGGAAACUUGAGCCCACAGUGCGCUUUCUCUCUUGGACAGGUAUGCAAGGAGUGAAUAUUGACUGGGUUCUAGAGAAGUUGGGAUUUAAACAUGCGGAUUUGACUAUUCCUAAAUGGGUUCAGCGAGGAGCUAUGGAUCCGAUGGACAGAUUUUUAUCUGUUUUGCUGUACAGGUUGCUCCUGACUGUUAAGGACAAUGACUUAAAAUAGUAUUCUUUGCAAGUCUUUUAUUAUUUUAAAUUGAAAUCAUCUUGUUAUGUAUGAUUAUUAAUUAUUAUUGUAUUAGUAACUUUUGAGAA